AAGUAGAACAUAUCAUAUAGACGCCCGCCAUUUGUGUUUGCUGUCAAAAAGUUAAAUGUCGUGAAACGUGAUUUAAUUUUCUAUCGCCGAGGCGUAAUUACGUAGGAUAUUGUUAUUAAUUAGGUUUUCUAAGUAUUUUUCACGAUGUCCAAUAUAUCAUUGGAUAAAGAUACCUUCUACCGUCGUAUAAAGAGGCUGUAUGCUGCGUGGAAGGCUGCCGCAGUAGAUCCAAAAAGCGAUGAUGCGUUGGCAAAGGCUGAUUGUGUGGUUUCAUGCGUCGGAGUGGACGAAGACACUCUUUACAGCAAGUCUACAGCCUUACAGACAUGGCUGUUUGGAUACGAGCUACCAGAUACAAUCACAGUUCUGACAGAAAACAGCAUGUGCUUUCUGGCCAGUAAAAAGAAGAUUGAGUUCCUCCGGCAAAUUGAGAAUGGAAAAGAUGAACCUGAUUUACCCCCAGUGAAACUCCUUAUAAGAGACAGAAAUGACAAAGACAAAGAAAACUUCAACAAACUCAUUCAAGAGAUGAAAAAGUCUAAAUCAGGCAAGACACUAGGUGUUUUUGCUAAAGACAACUAUCCUGGCGAAUUUUGUGAAAGUUGGAAAGCUGCAAUGAAAGCUGAAAAGUUUGAAAAUGUAGAUAUAAGUUCUUCAAUCGCUUUCCUAAUGGCGCCCAAGGAAGAUCCUGAGGUUAUCACUAUAAAGAAAGCAUGUUUGGUCACAGUCGAUGUGUUUACAAAGUAUUUGAAAGACCAAAUUAUGGAGAUAAUUGAUUCUGACAAGAAAGUCAAGCACUCUAAAUUGGCUGAAGGCGUUGAAGCGGCGAUAUCAGACAAGAAAUAUGUUACAGGCGUGGACACAAGCCAAGUGGACAUGUGCUACCCCCCUAUCAUUCAAUCAGGGGGGCACUACAGUCUCAAAUUCAGUGCUGUCUCAGACAAAAAUCAUUUGCACUUUGGCGCGAUUGUAUGCUCUCUAGGUACGAGAUAUAAGUCAUAUUGCUCAAAUAUCGUUCGUACCUUACUUGUCAAUCCCACAGAUGAGAUUCAGAGCAAUUACAAUUUUCUUCUCAAUAUAGAAGAAGAAGUCAUGAAGCAUCUCGUUGCGGGAGCAAAGCUUUCAGCUGUUUAUGAAGCUGGGUUGGCACUGGCUAAGAAAGAAAAGCCCGACUUAGUUGAUAACCUUACUAAGACGUUUGGAUUCGCAACUGGCAUAGAGUUCCGUGAGAGUUCAAUUGUGAUAGGACCGAAAACUUCCGUCUUGGCUAAGAAAGGGAUGGUGUUUAACAUAAACAUUGGCUUGGCUAACUUGACAAACAGUGCGGCUACAGAAAAAGAGGGCAAGACAUACGCGCUCUUCAUUGGCGACACAGUUUUGGUUAAUGAAGAGCAACCGGCAACUCUGCUCACACAAUCAAAGAAAAAAAUAAAAAACAUUGGAAUAUUUCUGAAAGACGAUGAUGAAGACGAAGAGGAAGAAAAGGAAAACAAGACUGAGAUCCUUGAGAAUGGAGGCAGAGGCAAGAGAACAGCUGUCAUCGAAUCAAAGCUUCGUACAGAGCACUCUUCUGAAGAAAAACGCAAGGAACAUCAGAGAGAAUUGGCUAUAGCUCUCAAUGAGAAAGCAAAAGAGCGAUUAGCUAAACAAUCCAGUGGAAAAGAUACAGAAAAAUUGAGAAAAAGCACUGUGUCUUACAAAAGCGUCAGUCAAAUGCCGCGAGAAAAUGAAGUCAAGGAGCUAAAAUUAUAUGUUGAUCGCAAAUACGAAACAGUAAUCUUGCCGAUUUUCGGUGUGCCUGUACCAUUCCACAUCUCCACGAUAAAGAACAUAUCGCAGUCGGUGGAGGGAGAUUACACGUACCUCAGGAUAAAUUUCUUCCAUCCUGGAGCUACUAUGGGAAGAAACGAGGGUGGGAAUUAUUCACAACCUGAUGCUACUUUUGUAAAGGAAGUAACAUAUCGAAGUACAAAUACAAAAGAACCUGGCGAAAUUUCACCACCCUCCUCAAACCUCAACACUGGCUUUAGACUUAUCAAGGAAGUGCAGAAAAAAUACAAAACUCGUGAGGCCGAAGAACGCGAAAAAGAGGAUUUAGUCAAGCAAGAUACUCUAGUCCUCUCACAGAGCAAAGGCAACCCGAAACUGAAAGAUCUUUACAUAAGACCUAAUAUCGUCACAAAGAGAAUGAGUGGGUCGUUAGAAUCUCAUACAAAUGGAUUCAGAUUCACUUCUGUAAGAGGUGACAAAGUGGAUAUACUGUACAACAAUAUAAAGAACGCGUUCUUCCAGCCUUGUGAUGGAGAAAUGAUUAUACUGUUACAUUUCCAUUUGAAACAUGCUAUCAUGUUUGGCAAAAAGAAACACGUGGAUGUUCAGUUCUACACAGAAGUAGGAGAGAUCACGACUGACUUGGGCAAGCAUCAACACAUGCACGACCGUGACGACUUAGCGGCGGAGCAGAGUGAGAGAGAACUGCGGCAUAAGCUGAAGGUCGCCUUCAAGAGCUUCUGCGAACGUGUCGAGAAUAUGACCAAACAAGAAGUGGAAUUUGAUACGCCUUUCAGAGAACUCGGUUUCCCAGGAGCUCCAUAUCGUAGCACAGUUCUUCUCCAGCCCACAUCAGGUGCUUUGGUCAAUCUGACUGAAUGGCCCCCAUUCGUUAUCGCUCUAGAAGACGUUGAAUUGGUGCACUUCGAACGAGUUCAAUUCCAUCUGAAGAAUUUCGACAUGGUGUUUGUGUUUAAGGAUUAUGCUAAGAAAGUCGCUAUGGUUAACGCAGUGCCUAUGAACAUGCUGGAUCAUGUUAAGGAAUGGCUUAACUCAUGCGACAUCCGCUACUCUGAAGGUAUCCAGUCUUUGAACUGGACGAAGGUGAUGAAGACCAUCACAGAUGAUAUCGAAGGCUUCUUCGACAACGGCGGGUGGUCCUUCCUGGACCCUGAAUCUGAUGUUGAGAACGCUGAAGCUGACGAAGAGUCGGAGGAAGAGGACGACGCGUACGAGCCAACCGAUGCCGAAUCGGAAGAGGAGUCUGAAGACGAUUCUGAAUACGAUUCGGAAGCUUCCGACGCCUCGGACGGGUCCGGUGACAGUGAUGAGGAAGACGAAGAAUCCGGCAAAGAUUGGUCCGAUCUCGAACGUGAAGCAGCCGAAGAGGACAAAAAGGAGCGCGGAGUAGGUUUCGAAGACUUUGACCGAAAACGCAAGGGCGGACGCGACCGUCCGAGGUCCUACGACGCCGACGAAAGCCGGAGCAAGAAGGGAAAACACGAUAAACAUAAAAGCUCCAGCUCUAACCAUAAGGGCUCCAGCUCUAACCAUAAGAGUUCCAGCCAUAAGAGUCCUUCUAAGCAUAGUAGCAGCAGCCCGUCAAAGAACCGCGACAAACAUCACAAAUCUCAUCACGACCGCGACAAGUCUUCGAAGACCAACGGCAGCCACAAGAAGGACGACAAGAAGAACUCCGACCACAAGUCGCACAAGCGCUCAAGAGAUGACAGCCGGGAACACAACCGCAGUGCUAAGAAAGCUAAGAAAUAAACAGCAGCGAGGAUAGUUCUGCGUUUAGAAUGAAACGGGUCGUAAAUGAUGCACGUGCACGCCGCGUGCGGAUCGCGUUAGGUUAAUAAAUGUUUGAUUAUGUUGUAUUGUAUUCGUAACCCGAUGUCCGUCUGUAAUUGAUGUUCAAA